UUUCCAGACUCAGGGUAAAAAGUUUCGUGUAUAUGAUGCCAAGCAUGGAUGAGCCCCUUCUUGGCAACGGUGUUGAGAAGACCGGAGGCGCGGUACUGACUGAGCUGAGAAAGCAGCUGUACCUUGCUGGGCCUCUGAUCGCGGCAUGGCUCCUGCAGAACCUCGUCUCCAUGAUCUCUGUCAUGUUCGUCGGUCACCUCGGAGAGCUUGCCCUUUCCAGUGCCUCCAUCGCCACCUCCUUCGCAAGCGUUACUGGGUUCAGCUUCUUGGCUGGCAUGGCUAGCAGCUUGGACACACUGUGUGGGCAAGCAUUCGGAGCAAAGCAAUACUCUCUUCUUGGCAUCUACAAGCAGAGAGCCAUCCUUGUGCUCACUCUGGUGAGUGUUGUCGUCGCGGUAAUCUGGUCGUACACCGGCCAGAUCCUUCUACUCUUUGGUCAGGACCCAGAGAUUGCAUCCGGGGCAGGGAGCUACAUCCGGUGGAUGAUUCCGGCUCUGUUCGCGUAUGGGCCGCUGCAGUGCCAUGUCCGGUUCCUCCAGACACAGAACAUAGUGCUCCCGGUGAUGGUGAGCUCUGGCGUCACGGCACUGAACCAUCUGCUGGUGUGCUGGCUGCUAGUGUACAAGAUUGGCCUGGGCUACAAGGGUGCUGCCUUGGCCAAUGCCAUCUCCUACCUGACCAACGUCUCCAUCCUGGCGAUCUAUGUGAGGCUCUCACCUGCUUGUAAGAAUACCUGGAGAGGGUUCGCAAAGGAGGCGUUUCGCGGUAUCCCCAACUUCUUGAAGCUUGGUGUUCCUUCUGCACUGAUGGUUUGCUUGGAGUGGUGGUCUUUUGAGCUCCUGGUUCUUCUUUCUGGACUUCUCCCAAAUCCUAAGCUCGAAACAUCAGUACUGUCCAUUUGUUUAAACUUAGGGUCUUUAGCAUUCAUGAUCCCGUUUGGGCUUAGUGCUGCCAUAAGCACCCGUGUUUCAAAUGAGCUCGGUGCUGGACGACCACAAGAUGCCCGGCUGGCUACCCGUGUGGUCAUGGUUGUGGCUCUGUUUGUGGGCGUAUUCAUUGGACUUGCUAUGGUGCUAGCGCGCAAUUUAUGGGGUUAUGCGUACAGCAAUGAGGAGCAAGUGGUGGCAUACAUCGCCAGAAUGAUGCCAGUUCUUGCUGUGGCAUUCGUGUUCGAUGACCUGCAGUGUGUCCUUUCAGGUGUUGUUAGGGGCUGCGGGUGGCAAAAGAUUGGUGCUUGUGUUAAUCUUGGUGCGUACUACCUCAUCGGGAUUCCAGCUGCCUUCUGUUUCGCCUUCAUUUAUCAUUUAGGUGGAAAGGGACUUUGGUUCGGAAUCAUCUGCGCACUUAUCGUGCAGAUGCUAUUGCUUCUCUCCAUUACAUUGUGCAGCAACUGGGAGAAAGAAGCUUUGAAGGCCAAGAACAGAAUUUUCAGUUCAUCCCUACCAGUAGACAUGACGACAUGAUACACACAGACAAGAUACAUGACUUUGUUGGAAGCAAUGGUCAAUUAACCUUAUAGACAUCCAUGAAGAAUUGGUGGCUCAAAACAGUAUUUUGUCGCCACAUAUGCAGCUUGUACUUUCUUCUGGCAAACGUUAGUAGGCAAUCGAUUUUGUGAUGUCCUGUUGGGACAGGUUAAUGAAAUAUCCUUUUUUUUUUUUAGUGAACGAUGGCACAAAUUUGCUACA